AUGGAGAUAUCAAAGCCUGAUAUCUCUCCCAAUUUGACUGCUAGUAACAUCACAACAACAUCCAUAGCCCUUAGUUGGAGUGCGCCAAAUGGCAAUGCCAUUGGCUACAGGGUUGAAGCAAUAGGCAAUCCAUCCAAAAAUCUCACCGUGAACACUUUAUUCACUGAAAUAACUGGACUGGUACCUGGUAGCAAUUAUACACUGCGGAUUAUUGCUCUGGCUGCAGAUAAUGUUACGGAAGGGGAAGCAGAGGCAAUCUCAAGAUUUACAAAGCCUGAUAUCGUUGUCAAUCUCACUGCUGAAAACAUCACAACAACAUCCAUAGCCCUUAGUUGGAGUGCGCCAAAUGGCAAUGCCAUUGGCUACAGGGUUGAAGCAAUAGGCAAUCCAUCCAAAAAUCUCACCGUGAACACUUUAUUCACUGAAAUAACUGGACUGGUACCUGGUAGCAAUUACACACUGAGGAUUAUUGCUCUUGCUGCAGAUAAUGUUACGGAAGGGGAUGCAGUGACAAUCUCAAGAUUUACAAAGCCUGAUAUCGCUGUCAAUCUGACUGCUGAAAACAUCACCACAACAUCCAUAGCCCUUAGUUGGAGUGCGCCAAAUGGCAAUGCCAUUGGCUACAGGGUUGAAGCAAUAGGCAAUCCAUCCAAAAAUCUCACCGUGAACACUUUAUUCACUGAAAUAACUGGACUGGUACCUGGUAGCAAUUACACACUGCAGAUUAUUGCUCUGGCUGCAGAUAAUGUUACAGAAGGGGAUGCAGUGACAAUUACAAUCUUUACAAAGCCUGAUAUCGCUCCCAAUUUGACUGCUAGUAACAUCACAACAACAUCCAUAGCCCUUAGUUGGAGUGCGCCAAAUGGCAAUGCCAUUGGCUACAGGGUUGAAGCAAUAGGCAAUCCAUCCAAAAAUCUCACCGUGAACACUUUAUUCACUGAAAUAACUGGACUGGUACCUGGUAGCAAUUAUACACUGCGGAUUAUUGCUCUGGCUGCAGAUAAUGUUACGGAAGGGGAAGCAGAGGCAAUCUCAAGAUUUACAAAGCCUGAUAUCGUUGUCAAUCUCACUGCUGAAAACAUCACAACAACAUCCAUAGCCCUUAGUUGGAGUGCGCCAAAUGGCAAUGCCAUUGGCUACAGGGUUGAAGCAAUAGGCAAUCCAUCCAAUAAUCUCACCGUGAACACUUUAUUCACUGAAAUAACUGGACUGGUACCUGGUAGCAAUUACACACUGAGGAUUAUUGCUCUUGCUGCAGAUAAUGUUACGGAAGGGGAUGCAGUGACAAUCUCAAGAUUUACAAGCAAUCUUAAGAUUUUACAUUGA